AAUUUUCAUUUUCCUCUCUCUCUCCCUCUCUCUCAACUCCCAUCUCCUGUGAGAAGGAAGAAAAAUCACCUUCUCCUCGCGCCGAAAAACCCUAACCUUCCAAACAAAACCUCCUUGAUCACCCCAUAAUUACCAUCCUGCCACUUCCUUCCGACCCUAUAAAUAUCAUUCCAGGGUUCAUCUCCUCCUCCGGCGAACAGAUGGAAGGGUAAUGCUUUGGAGAUAUGAAAUUUGAGGAAUCGUCUCUCACCGGAUAUCUCGUCAAGAAUCUCGAACCCCUGACAGAGGCUGAUCCUGUGAUUCUUGCUGAAUACGUGGCGACAUUGUUAAAGAAGGACAAACCUACUAAGGAAUUGCAAAAACUCUGCACCGAGAACUUGGUUGAUUUUUUGGGUCAUGAUACAAAGUCCUUUAUCACAAAAUUGUUCCAGGCCCUAGAAGAUGGUUCCAUUGUAACAUCUGCCGAAAGUCUGGAUAGUAUCAGGCAAGUUGAGCCAUCUGCCACUCUUACAACCGUGGAUCCUUCAGUGCAGAAUAGUUUGUCUCCAAAGCCAGAGAAGCUUUCUUCAUCUUCUCUCAGUGAUUCUGAAGAGAAAGAGGUUACUGAUGAUGAUGAUGAUGAUCGCAACCAUAAACACCGUAGAAGGGAGACACGGUCUCUGUCUUCUGACAAAGAUGCUCAAGAACAAAUUUUUAGGAGGCCAAACAGAAAGCGAGACAAGCCUUUUGAAAAUGGACUACUUUUCCUCGGAAGUGAUCCCCAGCCUAGUGAAUACCGAAAAGAAUAUAACUUUGCCCCUUUGGAGAAUGCAAAGUUUGAAAAACGACGUCCUGGCUUGGCACCGCUUCCCCGUGCUCCAGAUUUAGGACAGAGGACAAGACUAUCCCAGCCAUUUCGCGGAGAUCCCGGUCCUCGUUUUGAUCUGUCCACAUCGCUGGGUCGUCUUCCCAUAGGCAGAGGAAGGGGAAGGAAUGCUGGCCCCUGGAACCAACAUGAUUCAAGAUUUAGCUCAGUUGAAACCCUAGAUUUUUCCUCACAAAUGGCUCCACUGGGAUCAGCACCUCCCAGUCUGUUCCCUGGAAGGGGGCUGCCAAAUGCUGCAAGUGCACAAAGUGCAUCUUGGGGUGCAUUUGGAUUGAUUCAUGGGUUGCCCAAUGGUGGUCUGGAUACGCUUCAUCCACUUGGUUUGCAAGGAACACUUCGGCCACCAAUUAAUCCUUCUAUUAAUAUUGGCAUUCCUCGUCAGCGCUGUAGAGACUUCGAGGAGCGUGGGUUUUGUUUGAGAGGGGAUAUGUGCCCUAUGGAGCAUGGUGUAAAUAGAAUUGUCGUUGAAGAUGUCCAGAGCCUUUCACAGUUCAAUCUUCCUGUUUCAAUUCCAAGUGCACAUCUUCUGGGAAUGCAAGGUGGGCCAGGACCUUUACCUCCGGUUACUGCUCCUUCAAGCCUGUUGACAAACAACAAAAGUUUACAUGGUAAAAGUAGUAAGCCUGGGAUGGCUGAUGAUGGACUGGGCUUGAAUGGAGUGUUGUCUGGUUCUGGUGCUGCUGGUGAAGCAGACUUAUAUGAUCCUGAUCAGCCUUUAUGGAAUAAUGACUGUCCUGAGACAUCGGAGAGGCUCCUGAGGCUUCCUUCACCCAAGAUUCAUGACACUGAACCCCUUUGGGAUGAUGAUUCUGAUCGGCACAAUUUCAAGUUUGCUGAAGGCAAUGACAGUGAACACACAGGUAGAAGCCUCACAGCUGCUGUUGGUUCACAGGGUGCAACUUCAUCAGUUUGGGGGCGGAUUGGGAAUUCUGGAAAUAGAUUAGAAAUGACAGGUAAAACUGACAGUUCAAUAAGUGCCAUGACUCACCUUGGAAAUGAAAAGAAGGAAGAUCAAGAGGAGACAUUAAACGGUACUCGCGGCACUGCCCAUCAAGGCAAACGGACUAUUAUGACCGAGUUAGCCCCCACCCAAAGAUCACGUGCAGAUUCUGGGCGUAAUGCUGGGAGGCAACCUCAGAAGGCUUUACGUACUCUGUUUGUCAAUGGCAUUCCCUUGAAAAAUAACAAGAGGGAGGCCCUUCUUUCACAUUUUCAAAAAUUUGGAGAGGUUAUUGACAUUUAUAUUCCACUGAACAGUGAAAGAGCUUUUGUCCAGUUCUCUAAACGGGAAGAUGCAGAAGCUGCUCUGAAGGCACCUGAUGCUGUCAUGGGUAACCGUUUCAUUAAGCUGUGGUGGGCUAAUCGGGAUAGCAUUCCUGACGAGGGAGAAAGCAGUGGGAAUGUUGUAUCUGCACCUGCUCGCAGUGCUGUGGCUGCCACUGUUCCAUCUCAGCCUACCAGUGAUAGAGGAAAAGAAAAUAUACCAUCUGCAGCUCCAAAGCCAGUCUCCAUGCCUGGUCCUGAUGUUCCCGUGGCUGUUGCUGUUCCUCCCAGAACAGUAGGAGCAAACGGUCCCAAAGCCGCACCUCCUUUGCAGAAAAAGUUGGAGUCUUUGGAGCUUUUGAAGGAGGAACUAAGGCUAAAGCAGGAAAUGCUGGACCAGAAGCGCAAUGACUUCCGGCGGCAGUUGGAUAAGCUCGAGAAACAGGCUAUCACGGUAAAGAGUGAAGCGACCUGUGAGCAAGCUGUUAAAAGACAUAAAGUGGAGAUGGUAAAUGAUGUUGCCAAAGCUGCAACACCUAGGCCAACAAAUCCCAUUACCACAGGGGCCCGACCAGAAGCUGAGAAAACACAGGAUAAGAGAAAUCCUGUGGAGAACAUUGUUUCUCCCUCUGCCAAAACAAAUUCAACAACUCUGUUGCAGUCACCUAGGAGCUUGAAACAGCCAAGUCGCUCAGCAUUAUCAAUAGGGACUCCCUUUAUGGUGAAUAGGUUCAAAUUGGACAACCGUCCCACAUCAUUUAGAAUUCUUCUGCCUUUGCCAGCCAAUAUUGCGAAUGUUGCUGCUUUGAAGGAACAUUUUUCAUCAUUUGGUGAUCUCUCCACAGUCGAGCUAGAACAUCCUGAGGAUCAUGCUAGCAGUCCAACAGGUUCAAAACCUUCUCAUAAUUGUUCUGCUCGGAUAACUUUUACAACACGUCGUUCGGCUGAGAGGGCAUUUCAAAAUGGCAAAUGCUGGCAAGGCCAUAAUUUACAAUUUAUGUGGUCAACGACCUCUAGUAACUCUAGCACCGACCAUGGCGGCGUAGAAAUUUCUCAGAGUCCUACCCCCAAGGGUCCCCUAGAUGCUGGAAUUAUGGCCGAGUCUUCUUCACCGAGUACAGGGAAAUUGAAAUGCAGUGGUAUCUCUCCGGCAGCUGACACUGCCAGAAGUAGAGAACCUGAGAAUGCUGAAAGUUCAAAUGGUGGCCUUGAAUGUCUGCCAAGGGAAGCUGUCGAAGUCUGCCCAUCUGGUUCUCCCACUACAUCAUCCAACAAACGGCCAUAUGAAUCUGAUUUUCCCAUUGCCGAGGAUGGCCUGAAUGUUUGCCUUUCACAGUGACGAUAUCUAAUAGUAAGGGAUCAAAUUCUGAUGGGUGAUGAAGCUCCAACACAAGAAUGGCUGCCCGUUUUCCCGAAAGAGGUCCGGUACCUAAUCAUUGCAGUUUCUGUUCUUCAAGAGGGAACAGAAUUCCUUCAAUGUAAUAUCUGCGUUUAUUCACGAUAUCUCUGACCUGCAGAUUUUGUAUCUAGCUUUUUGAGGAUGGUUUCUAUAUCCCGUCUAAAUAGAAAAUAUUCAUUUGGAAGAAAAUUGAGAAAAAGAGAAAAAACUGAUCUCCCCCCUUCAUGUAGUAGGAUAAUGAUUUUCUCUUGAAUAGCUUUUGGCUCUUCAUGAUUAAAUGAACUGGUGACCGGCCUGCUUUCGUUUUCCGGUGUAAUUUUUCUUCUGUAGAUGUAAUUCUCACUCAAAAAUUUGAAUGGUCACAUGCUUAUUUGCUGGGUUUCACUCCA